CCACGCACCACUCCCGCCAUCGCCACGAGCUUCGUGGCCCAGCUACACCGACGUGACUGCAGACCCCCGGGACGUCUCACAGGAAACCCGCCACUGUCGCUGCAAAGCACCAGACGGCCACACCACCACCAGCCAGCUGGUCCCGGUGCAGACACCACCAGCCUAGCCGGCCAACCAUCACCGCCAACAGCCUCUCUCACCAAGGCAUGCCAUGAACGGAACGCCGCGAGUGCGCUCGGGAGGCUUCCCCCAGACUCCGGGCACUGUCGCCCCCAGAUCACGGCCCCAGCCGCGCCAGCUCUCGCCCUCGCCUGCAUCGCAUAAACCGAGGGCUUCGCUCCCGCCCGCGCCCGAGAAUGUCGGCUCCUCCACAACCAGCAGCAGCCAGCCCGUCAUUCCGACACACAUACUAGAGGCGCCGAAGCAGCGUGCCUUUGCCGCCGCAGCCUAUGGCAUCCUCUUUAUGUGGCGGUUCUUCGACUGGAUAGACAUCCUCGAGGAGAAUGGCGGCUCCUGGUACUACUUUGCCAAGUGGGCAUUCCUCGACUUCGUCUUUAUAUUCUCCUUGCCCUCGCUAAGGAUACCAUGGCUCGAACUGUCGUCACCGUCUGCCGCCACCAUCUUCUUCCUCCACAUGGUCUUCAACUGGCUGCUCAUGUUCAACAUCCCCGUGCCCUGGCACGGCUGGCUCGUUGCUUUCGUCAAGGUGUUCUACGACCGCGAGCUGUCUAUCUCAGAACACACCGUCCGGCCUUCUAGCAUUCUCUACAACUCGUCGCUCAUCAUGGGCAAACAGAUCAUCAAUAUUCUGCCCGAAGGAUCUGCCGUGCUCAACCCAGAGAAGCGGCCAUACUGCCUCGGGCCCCAGCAAUCUGUCGUCACGAUUCCGAUCUACUUCAAUUCGACCAUCCCUGCGCAAGUGGAGCUUAUUCGUUUCGAUCUCGAUACCAACGCCGAGGAGAGCAUCAAGUUGACGAACAAACAACUACGUGAGAUCAGCAAGGUAGCGGGCAAGGUUGGCGAUGAUGGAGAGCGUGGAUUCUACCAGUGGGGCAUGCCUGUCAAGAAGCCCGGUGCCUACCAGCUCGGUCGCGUGCUGGAUGAGUACAAGCUCGAAAUCCAGCGCCUCUCGGCACCCACGUUCAUUGUGCCCUGCCCGACUGCCAAGGUCAAGGCGGCCGAGUCGUCUACCAGGUGCCUCGGCGACCUUUCGGAUCUGUCUCUGCAAGUGAAAGGCAGCCCUCCACUCAAGAUUCACUACAGCCGUACCAUCAACGGCCAAGAUCACAGCUUCCACUACCAAAGCAUUCAGCCAGAUGGGUUCUCAUCUCCGAUGAUCGGAGCGCAGCGCUCCUCUGCCAUCGUCCAGCCUGGAAACGAAGACUUCACCUGGGCUCGAGCUCAGAGCGUCGACAUUGGUCUGAACGAGUCAAUGUCCACCGCCGGGUCUUGGCAAUACUCGAUCGAUGCUGUGACGGAUGGCUUCGGCAACAUCGUCAACUAUACCCAGGCGCUGGAAGAUGCUGAUGCGAGGCCAAAGUCCAAGUCGUUGCUUCAAGACUUUAUGGUCCGACAACGGCCCCAUGCAACUCUGAAGGGUUGCGAUACUCGGAACCCUCUCAAGGUUGCCAAGGGUCAGUCCAGCAAACUGCCCAUCGUCAUUGGCCGUCAUGGGAAGAAGAUUCAGGGUGUCGCACACACUGUGACCUGGAACUUCUCCCCCAUUGACACGCUCACUAAGAAUGGCGAUCACGGCGAAGUUAUCGAGGUUGGCUCCUUCGUGGCUAAGAACCCAGCCGACCAACCAGUCAUCUCGGCGCCUGGCUUGUACACACUGAAGUCUAUCUCUUGCGACUCGUGCGAUGGAGAGAUUGAAGAGCCGUCAUCUUGUCUUCUCCUCAAUCCGUUAGAGCCGAAGAUGACUAUUUCGUCUGAGGAGAUCCCAGACAAGUGUGCCGGAAAAUCCAUUGGCCUGCGUGUGAACCUAGAUAUGAUUGGUACACCGCCGUUCAAGGUCAUGUACCGGGUCACAAGUCAGCACGAAGACACUCGCCACGAGACUGUGGACAUUCAAGGCCUCCGCCAACAAAUCGAGCUUCUUCCGCGUCGCGCUGGCAGCUACAAAUAUCGAUUCGUUCAAUUGGGAGAUGCAAUCUACAAGAACCUCCCUCUUGCACCUUCUGAUGAGUAUCGCCUCGAGCAAGAUGUCAAGCCCCCUGCUACUGCAUUCUUUGAGCGUGCUCCGAAGCACGUCCACCUCUGUCUGGACCAGCCCGUCAAGGUCGACGUCAGACUUCAGGGAGACGGACCGUUCAGUCUCGAGUGGGAACUUGUACACGAUGGGAAACGCAAGUCUGAGAAGGUCUCUGAUCUAGCAAGCGAUGUCUACACCAUUGAGACGGCUCCGCUGUCAUCUGGUGGUGACUACACGCUCGCCCUCAAGAGUGUUCAGGACAAGACUGGCUGCCGCGUGUUCCUGAAGGAGGAGAUUCGCGUUUCGGUUACGAUGCAGAGACCACGUGCCGCAUUUGGCGUCUUGGACAACAAGAAGUCGGUCACUAUCGUCGAAGACGCAACCGUGGGUCUCCCUCUGCGUCUCAGUGGUACCGGACCAUGGAAGGUCAAGUAUCGCAACAAUGAGACUGGUGGCGAGCCACAGGUCCGCAUCGCGGAGUCUGGCAAUGAUGUGAUUGACGCGAAGACUCGUGGAACCUACGAGAUCAUCGAAGUCAGCGACAGCCAGUGUCCUGGUAUUGUUGAUGCCAGGGCGUCGACCUUCAAAGUAGAUUGGUUUGCCCGCCCAGAACUAUCACUCGUCCCGGCCGAUGGCAUCUCCGCAACAGGUAAAAACCACGUCUUUCAAAAGGAAGAUGUUUGUGAAGGCGACAUCGACGGCUUCGAUGUUGCUCUCAAAGGCUCUCCUCCCUACCAUGUCCAAUACGAGAUCAAGCACAAGCCCAAAUCUGGCUCUGGCGCUGUUGCGCGAAAGGAGUUUGAUGCUGCGCUUGGCAAAGCAUCAAUCUCCAUGGAUACGUCCAAAGCUGGACAGUAUACUUAUACUUUUUCGGCACUGUCAGACAACCUCUACAACAGCGAUAGAAAGCACCCAAAUCCCCUCACGCUUGUGCAAAAUGUCAAUGCCAAGCCUUCGGCUUCUUUUGCUAAGCCCGGGCAAACCACCAAACUCUGCAUGUCGGAGUCUGCCAACGAGGAACGCAUUCCCAUCAGGCUCGAGGGAGUGGCGCCAUUCUAUCUGGAGGUAGAAAUCAAACACCAUGCCGGCAGCUUCCCAGAGAUCUUCAGGAUCCCGAACAUCCCCUCAAACAAAUACGAGCUCUCGAUUCCGCGGCAGUACCUUAAGCUAGGCGCCCAGCAAUUGAGAAUUCGCAAAGUCCGAGAUGGAAGAGGAUGCCAAACCACCACUGACGUCGGUGGUCCUGCCGUCCACAUCCAGCUCUUUGACGCGCCAGCCAUCUAUCCCUUGGAACAACGAGCGGACUACUGUGUAGGAGAGCGUAUUGCGUAUACUUUGUCGGGCAGUCCGCCGUUCGAGAUCCAGUACGAGUUCAACGGACAGAAGAAGAAGGCCAAGUCCACGACAACCAAAUUCCGCCGCAUAGCCGAAUAUCCUGGCGAGUUCAAUAUCAACAGCGUCAGCGACCGGGCCAGCGAUUGCCCGGCGACGGUCAACCUGGUCAAGACCAUCCACCCGAUGCCCAGUGUCAAGAUCAGCAAGGGCCGUGUGAUUCAGGUGGAUAUUCAUGAGGGCAGCGAGGUCGAGAUCCUGUUUGAAUUUUGGGGCACCCCUCCGUUUGAGUUCACCUACACCCGAUCCAGCAACGCGCGCAAGAAUCAGAAAAGUCAGGUACUCGAGACGCGCCACGACAUCAGCUACGAGCACAGCAAAGUUGUCACAGCCAGCCUCGAGGGUACAUACGAGGUCGUCGCCAUAAAGGACAAGUACUGUGCCUUCUCAACUAUGAACGUCGAGGCAAAGGACCAAGCGCAGAAACUGCUGCAGUUCUGAACGGCCGACCUGGGAAUAGAUACGCCGAAGAAGAGGAGGGGAAAAUCAAAGUAAUGAGGGGGAUCUGCACGUUACUGCUGCUGUGGUUGGGUUGGAUCGGAAUCGAACGUGGUCGUAAAUAUAUGGUGUGUGGAUUGGCAUUGCAUGAGCACGGCGUUUUUAUAAUUGACUUUUCACCUUUUGUAUCACAUCUUCUCUCUGGUAAUUGACCAACCAAAUACGGACAGCUUGUUGCUGUUUUAACCACAUGUCAAGCCCAGCAUGUACUCUAUCUAACCUGGAUGUGAGCUCGCACGCCAAAGUACAUGUGCAUGGUCGUAUCAUGUACAUGUACACACACCUGUGGGCUUUGCCAAUCAAGCUUGGCCGUCGGGAACAGUGAAUUGGAAACAAGU